AUGGCAUGCAAAGAGUGGUCUGCUGAUUCGGCAGUCAAAGUUAGUUUCAGAGGGCUUUGGAAGGCUCUUCCGGCACUGCACUCUGAUGUUGUUUUCUUUUCUCUAGACUCUGAAUUACUGAGAUAUGCAUAUGCUGAGUUGGAGGAGUCUCGUGGUGCCAUUCAGCCUGCCAAGAAAAUAUAUGAGAAUCUCUUGGCCAACAACCCAAAUGCGACAUCAUUAGCUCACAUUCAGUUCAUUAAGUUUCUGCGGAGAACUGAAGGCAUUGAAGCUGCUCGUAAAUAUUUUUUGGAAGCUCGAAAGUUGCCAAACUGCACAUAUCAUUUAUUUGUUGCAUAUGCUACGAUAGUAUAUUGUCUCGACAAGGAUUCCAAGGUUGCGCACAAUGUUUUUGAAGCAGGUUUAAAGAGAUUCAUGCAUGAGCCCGGAUACAUCCUUGAAUAUGCAGACUUCUUGUGCCGGUUGAAUGAUGAUAGAAAUGUGCGUGCAUUAUUCGAGAGGGCCUUAAGUUCCCUUCCCCCAGAAGACUCUGUGGAGGUCUGGAAAAGGUUUAGUCAAUUUGAACAAACUUAUGGAGAUCUGACAAGCAUGUUGAAGGUUGAACAAAGAAGAAAAGAAGCCCUCUCUAGGACAACUGAAGAAGGUGCAUUGGUUUUAGAGGGUACUUUGCAUGAUGUUAUGCAACGUUACAGUUUCAUGGAUCUCUGGCCCUGCUCAUCAAAAGAGUUAGAUCAUUUGUCAAGACAGGAGUGGCUUACCAAAAACAUGCACAAAAAAGUCGACAAGAGUUUAGUACAAGGAGCUAAUUCUAUAGGUUCUGACAAAGACUUAUCAAAGGCAUUCACCCCACAAUCAAAAGUUGUUUACCCAGAUACUUCUCGUAUGGUCAUAUAUGAUCCAAGGCAAAGCCAAGCUGGGCCUGACCUUCAAGCUGUUUCUGGCAUGGGUACUACAACUCCAGCUGUUGCAUUGAUAGCUGGUGGAAAUACUAAUGCAAAUGAUGAGUUGUUGAAAUCAGUUUCACCUGCAUUAGCGGCAUUCAUAUCACAUUUACCUGCUGUUGAAGGGCCAUCUCCGGAGGUAGAUAUGGUGCUGUCCAUUUUACUGCAGAGCCCUAUAUCUACUGGGCUGCCUGGGAAAACAUCUUCUGUCUCGCAGAUGCCCGGAGGUCCUGCUCCCAGUACAAGUGACCUUUCAGGCUCGAGCAAGUCACGCAUGAACCCUAAUGGAUCAUCUCAGAGAAUUGUUCGAGAAGGCCUGUCCGGGAAAAGAAAAGAGCUCGAAAGGCAAGAAGAUGAUGAUACCAAAACCGUGCAAAGCAGACCAUUACCCAGAGAUGUUUUCAAGCUUCGUCAGAUGCAAAUGCAGAGAGGCCGUGGUGUUAGCGUCUCCCAGACUGGAUCAGCAGCAUCUGGUGGAAGUGCAUUCUCCGGCGAGCAAUCAAUUAGCAACUAAUAAGUAACCAUUUUCGGUUUCACUUGCCCAGAGUAAGCUCGACAACUUUAUGCUAAAGCAUCGUUGCCAUAUUUGUGGUGCCUGAGCUGACACUGAUGCGCCGCACCAAAUUGAAGAAAAUAGCAAUUGUAGCAUAGUGCCAGAUGGAAUGGAAAAUGUAAUGUGGAAUUGUAUGUCUACUUUUUCCCAUUCGUUUUUACCCAAUGCUUGUUACAUGCCAAAUAUUUGUAGAUGGAUACCCUAGGCAUCCUGAAACAUAUUACCAUAAGUAUUUUUAAGGUAAUAAUUAUUUGUCAAAAUAAUGACAAUAAUCAUUUUUUUUAAA